AUGACACUUAUCCUAAUUGGUGUUGUAUCUUCAAUUGGAACUGGUUUCUGCAUUGAACAAGCAACCCACAUGAAUCACAAAGUUGGGCGCAUAACAGUUCCUCUUCCAAUCUUGGUAUGGUUCUAUACUCUUCCCAAAGAACUACUUGGAAAACUCGACUUCCAGAUUGCAGAACUAACAAGGUAUGGUCCCCGAAUUGGAAUUAUAUGCUCAAUCACAGCUGCAAAAAUGGAGACACGAAGGUUGGGCGUGGUUAAGAGCCGUGGUCUAAUCAACAAGCCUGAGGAAACGGUUCCCAUGAGCAUGUUUUGGUUGCUUCCACAGUUUCUUCUCCUCGGAGGCCUUGAAGGGAUUGCAGAAAUUAGCGUUGAUUUGUUCUUAGUUAAGCAAGUCCCUCCAUCCAUGUAUCAGUGCAUGGUUCGGUUUUGUGUUGCUUUUUGGGGAGUGGGGAGUAUAGGCGGUGUCUUGUCUGUUUAUGUAGUGGGUGAGAUAAGUGGACAGGGAGGGAAACCCAGUUGGUUCCAAGACACCCUAAACAAUAGUCGCUUGGAUCAAUAUUACUGGCCCUUGGCUGCAUUGUCCGCAGCUAAUCUUGUUCUCUAUAUUUUGGUGAGCAUUUGGUAUGCUUACAAGGAUUCCAGGUCGGAGGAUGAUGAAACUGCUGAGCCAUUUGAUGAGGAUCAUGUGCAACUCAUUUGA